AUGCGGGCGAGGCAAGACGACGCGCUCUGCAGCGCCUUCUACAGGAGGGCUCGCGCGGCCAAAGCUGCUGAAGAGGCCCCCAACGCCGCGCUUCCGCCCCUGCGCGGCUAUGUUGGGUACAACAGCCGCUCUCGGCCUCAGGCCCAUAACCCAUCUUCAGGCGAGGUCCAAGACUGGGAAUAUCUUUACAAGACAGUCAACGCAGAAAGAAACAGACUUGAAUAUGAAAACAAGACCAUUGGAGCCAGCCUGGAAGCUCUUUUCCAGAAGAACUAUGCAGCUGAAGUGCAGCUGCGGAACUUGCGGGCGUACGCUACGCGCUGCGCGGGCCUCUACUCGCCCACCGCCUCCGACGCAAAAGAACUGGUGACCCUCGUGGCCAACAUUUUGGGGCUUUUGGGCAGCAGCGCAGCAGAGCCCAUCAUCUCCCGCGUCCCCGAAAUCCUCGCCAUGGUCGCAGCCUGCCCAGUGCACGACCGGCGGCUCUACGCAGCCACGGAGCAGCUAAAACGCAAAGCUGGGGACUGCGGCUUAGCCGCUGCAACGGGCGCGAAAAAGCCGCAGACUUCUGAGAUUGGCUCAGAGGGAGGUGCGUUUGGCCCCACGGCACUGGGAGAGGCGAGCAGGGCUCAGCAGCUGCUGCUGCUGCAGCUGCUGCAGCAGCUGCUGCAGCAGCUGUCGUCGCCGCUGUUGAGGCCGCUGUUGCUGCCGCUGUUGCUGCAGCUUUUUCUGCAGCUGUUUCUGCAGCUGUUGCUGCAGCUGUUGCUGCAGCUGUUGCUGCAGCUGUUGCUGCAGCUGUUGCUGCAGCCAUUCGAGCAGCUGCCGCUGCAGACUUUGCUGCGGCUGUUGCUGCAGCAGCUGUCCCUGCCGUUGUUGCUGCAGCUGUGGCUGCAGCGGUUGCAGCAGCUAUUGCAGCAGCUGUUGCUGCUGCUACUGCUGCUGCCGGUGUUGCUGCCGCUGUUGCUGCAGCUGUUGAGCGUAGCUGUUGUUGAUCGCGUGUUGGCCCCGGCUGCACGCUCCAGCCUGGACCUGCGGUGGCUGGCGGCGGCGACAAAGGACGACGCGUGGCUGCAGAUGAGCGACAGGUGGGAGUUUUGCCCCCUUGACCUCCGCUGGCUGGCCGUGGCCACCAACGACAGGUCUUGGCUGCUGAACAGAUUUGUGUGGAAAAGAAGUCCCCGGGACUUGAAGUGGAUGGCAGCAGCCACUUACAACAGAGAGUGGCUGCUUCUGGGGGCCUCCGACCGGUGGCAAGCGACUCCCCCCGCAAUAAAGCUGCGAGCCAUUGAAGCACAAGACCCCAGCAUUGUGCGGCCCUCCAUUUCAGAGGCAACCCAGUACACUUUGGAAACCCGACUCCGCGCGGACAUUGAACAGGAAGUGGCCGCGCGAGAAGCAUACAUGCAAAGAGAAAAGGACGGGGAGCGGAGGGGCCCCUUGAGCGCCCAGAGCUCAGCACUUUCUGCAGCAGACUUGACAGCAGAGCCCGAAAGCAGAAAACCCUUCUCCAGCCUUCCUGUGGCGGGGGCCCCCAAGCAGGGCCCCGGGGAGAAGGCCGGGGGGCCCCCGGGAUUCCCCAAAGAGGGUACUUUGAAGGCCUCGAAGCCCCCCAGCCCCAACAGUGCCCCCCCCCCUUCUGAGCCUUUUAAGCCCAAGUUCGGCACUGUACCCAUAAAGAGGCCCCCCGAGCAGGACUCUGCAGCAGCAGCAGCAGCACCAGCAGCAGCCAAGGCUGCAGCAAAAGGCCCCGAGGCCGCCAAAUCGGGGCCCCCGGGAGCCGCCGGCAAGGGCCCCCUGGGGGCCAAAGGGGGGCCCCCAGGGGAUGCAGCGAAAGGCCCUGGGGGGCCCCCAGGAGUCAAAACGGUCCCCUCUCCAGCAGCAAAAAAGGAUGCAGCUGCUGCUGCGCCGCCGGGAGCCAAGCCGGCCAGUACCCUUCCAGCCAAGACGGGGGGCCCCUCGCCGCCCAAAGCCGAGGGGCCCCCCACGGCCCAGACCAAGGGGGCCCCCAGCGCCAAAGGCGAGGGGCCCCUGGCAGCAAAGGGGAAAGAACCUUCAGCUUCAAAGGCUGAGGGGCCCCCAGCAGGCAAAGGGGGCUUGCCCCCAGCAGCAGCUAAGGGGAAGGAGGCCCCCGGAGCCAAGGUGGAGGGGCCCCCAACAUCUAAAACCGAUGGCCCACCAGCCCCCAAAAGCCUCACGGCCCCAGGGGCCAAGACCACCCCCGUUGGCGGAAAGACCAGUGGACCUCCUGGUCCUCCGGGUGCUAAGGGAGAUGGACCACCGGGGCCUCCAGCGGCCAAAGGCGAGGGGCCCCCCUCGGCUGCGAAAGGGGGGCCCCCAGCCCCACCGGGAGCCAAACCGGGGGCCCCCCCAGCGGGCAAACCUGCGGGGCUGCCUGCAGCAACCCGGACUGUUCCUGCAGUUACUUCUAAAUCUCUUUCUGCUCCUCCGGGUAAGUCUCCUGGCGCGCCUGCCGGCAAAGCUGAAGGAGAAGGGGGGCCCCCACCGGGGGGCCCCCCAUCGAAGCCUCCAGCAAAGGCUCCAACGGGGCCCCCCUCGGGGGCCCCUGCCCCGCCCGCCUCCGCAGGCCCCCCGAAACCCUCGUCGGGGCCCCCGUCAAAGCCCCCCUCGAAGCCCCCCACGGGGCCCCCCACGGGGGCCCCCGCGGGGCCCCCGUCGAAGCCCCCCUCGGGCGCCCCUACGGGGCCCCCAUCAAAGCCCCCAGCGGGAACCCCAUCGAAGCCUCCAGGGGGUCCCCCCUCGGGACCUCCUGCAGGGCCCCCGUCGGGGCCCCCAGGGGGGCCCCCCUCGGGGCCCCCCGGAGCGAAGAAGGGCCCCCCUCUCUCAAAAGGAACGGAGUCCUCUCCUGCAGCAAAGAGCAGCGAAGACAGCGAAGCAGCUAAAAAGCCUCCGGGGCCUCCGGGGAAAGACACGGGGGAUCUGAAGUCAAAGGGCCCACCUCUUUCAAAGGCCUCUCUCCCAGGCGCCCCCACCCCCCCCGGAGGGGGCCCCCAAAAGACUCCAAGUCCUCCCCCUGCGAAGUCUCAGACGGAAAAGGCAGGGGCACCGCCAGCGCCGCCUGGCGCCAAAGAUAAGGCCCCUGGGGCCCCCCCAGGGGGCCCCCCAAAGGGGCCCCCAGGGGGGCCCCCAGGAGGGCCUCCUAAGGGGCCGCCAGGGGGCCCCCCAGGGGGGCCCCCAGGAGGGCCUCCUAAGGGGCCGCCAGGAGGCCCCCCAGGGGGGCCCCCAGGAGGGCCUCCUAAGGGGCCACCAGGGGGUUCCCCAGGGGGGCCCCCAGGAGGGCCUCCUAAGGGGCCACCAGGGGGUUCCCCAGGGGGGCCCCCAGGAGGGCCUCCUAAAGGGCCACCAGGGGGGCCCCCAGGGGGGCCUCCAGGGGGACCUCCAAAGGGGCCACCAGGGGGGCCCCCAGGGGGGCCGCCAGGGGGACCUCCAAAGGGGCCACCAGGGGGGCCACCAGGGGGGCCCCCAGGGCCACCUAAAGGUGCCGGAGGGCCUCCUCCACCUGCGAGCAAGUCCCCAGGGCCUCCCAGUGAUAAAGCAGGACCCCCACCAGGCAAGCCGAAAGGGCCCCCUGGGCCCCCCCCUAAAGCCUCGACAGCCCCCGCAGCUUCUAAAGGGCCUGAGGGGCCCCCCACGCCGCAAGAAAAGGCACCAGUGGCCCCCCCGAAAGAAAAAGGAGCUCUUCCCCCGGGGAAGCCAGCUGCCCCUCCUGCUGCAGCAAAACUCCCUCCUGCCCCCGCUGGCAAGGGGCCCCCGGAGGCCUCCCCUCCCCCGGGGAAGGGGCCCUUGCCCCCAAAAGGGGGCCUCCCGAAGGCCCCACCAAAGGCUGCAGCAGAUGCAGCAAAGGCUGCAGCAGAUGCAGCAAAGGACGCAGCCGAUGAAACUCCCAGCCCCCCAGAAGAAAAGGCCGCCAAAGCAGCUACAGGGAAAGGACCGCCAGCGCCACCCCCCUCGGGGCCCCCCAAGAAACCCCCAGCUCCAGGGGGAAAGCUUCCAGGGGGUCCUCCGAAGUUGCCGCCUGGCCCCCCGAAACCAAAGAGCUAA